GUAAGCAAAACAAAAUGAUGAAUUGACAAAAAAGACCUAGUCAAUUACAUAGUCAAGCAGCUGUCAUUUUUUCUUUCUGGAUAUACAAAACUCAUCAACUAUCCCCCCCAAACCCUUUCCUCUUUCUCUCUUACUUGACAGCAAAUUAGAGUUUUCAAGCUCUUUAAUUUUCUCUCUCUUAACCUACCCUCCCCUUUCUCUCUCUACCUCUGUUUCUUUCUUGAUGAAUAUGAUGAUCAUCAUCAUCACAAUCAAUGGAUUAUUCCUGUCAUUUUCAAGUUUAUGAUCAUCAAACAACAUAGAAAUAUAUCAUUCAAUUUUCAUCAUAUACAAAAUUUAUAAUAUAUAGUUUGAUCAACCAUAUAUUAUACGAAGAAACUCCAAGCUAGCUAAGUAUAUAUUUAGUUAUUUACUACCAUGGAUCAUAAUUACCAUGGACAUCAUCAAUACAGAUCACCCUUUGGAGAUACAACAUACACAAAAGUCUUUGUUGGAGGGUUAGCAUGGGAAACUCCUACAGAAAAAAUGCGUGCUUAUUUUGAUCAAUUUGGGGAGAUUCUUGAGGCUGUCAUCAUCACUGAUAAGAACACUGCCAAGUCCAAAGGCUAUGGUUUCGUAACGUUUCGAGACCCUGCGGCCGCGACAAGGGCGUGUUUGGAUGCUAAUCCGAUGAUUGAUGGACGAAGAGCAAAUUGUAACAUUGCUUCUUUUGGUCGCCCUAGGCCUUCACCACCAAGAGGUAGAAGUAAUCAAGGAGGAGUAGCAAUACAAGGACAACAGGCAUCAUCGUCGUCGUCGUAUAGUGGAAUGCCAACGCCACAACAGACAUUGCCAACACCUUAUUUUUAUCCUUAUGGGUACCCUUAUACAGCCUAUGGUUACCAAGGGGUAUACAAUCCACAACAAAUGCAACAGCAAUCACAACAAUACUAUGCACAAUUCUAUGGUGCUGCUGCUGCAGCUGCAGCUGCAGCUGCAGCUGCUUCCCCUUCUAAUUCAUCUUUAGGGACACCCUUUUAUUAUGGUGGUUAUUCUUUGCCUAAUACUGCUACUACUCGAACUCCCGGUUUUUCGUCCCCGACUCCGGCUCAUCGGAUUGCUGCUCCCUCUUACGUUUACUACCCUACGCCGGUGGACGGUGGGGCUGGAACCUUUCCAACACCGUACCCUGCGGCGGCGGCGGCUGUUCCCUCUGCUCCUCCUGCAAGUCUACAACACCCUUCUAAUACUCCCCAAGUCCCUUCUUCUACAGAGGAAUCACAAGCUCAACAAAGCACCUCCGUAGAGACGGACACCGUGGUAAUCCAUUCUUCCGAGGGUCCAAGCAAUUGAGAUGGAUCUCAACAAAGUUCACAAUUUGUAUAAUCUUUUAACAAAAAUUCAAUGUUCUUGAAAAAAUUCCCUUUUUCAUAACCAACUUUUUAUAAGUAUAAAUUUUUCCGGGUCCUAAGCUGUCACGUACGUUACAUUCGGGUCAAUGAAUGGUACGUACUUCAACAAGGAGAGAAAGAGAGAUGUCUCGAUCAAUUCUGGCAAUGGUGGUAGCCAUGGACUGACCAAUAUUACUAUUAUUAUUAUAAUUAUUUACUAUAUUAUGCAAAACUCACUUAUUCUUUAUUUUCCGAAAAUAAUUCUUUGUGAAUUGUUCUUUAAUUUAUUUUACUUUAUCUCUUUCUCA